AUGAAAAAUUUGUCCAUCAAGGAACUUGAAGUUCUUUCGGAUGAGUUAAGGUCUGAUGUAAUCUUUAACGUCUCGAAAACUGGUGGACAUUUAGGCUCUAAUCUCGGUGUUGUUGAGCUCACAGUAGCUCUUCAUCACAUCUUCAAUACUCCUCAAGAUAAGAUCCUUUGGGAUGUUGGUCAUCAGUCUUAUCCUCACAAGAUUCUAACAGGAAGAAGAGGAAAGAUGAAGACAUUGAGACAAACCAAUGGCUUGUCCGGUUUCACCAAGCGAGGAGAGAGUGAGCAUGAUUCCUUUGGCACUGGUCAUAGUUCAACCACAAUAUCUGCAGGCUUGGGGAUGGCUAUGGGAAGAGACUUGAAAGGGAGGAACAACAAUGUUGUUGCGGUUAUAGGCGAUGGUGCAAUGACAGCAGGACAAGCUUAUGAAGCUAUGAACAAUGCUGGUUACUUAGACACUGACAUGAUAGUGAUUCUCAACGACAACAGGCAAGUCUCUUUGCCUACUGCUAACUUAGAUGGACCAACUCCACCUGUUGGAGCUUUGAGCAGUGCUCUUAGUAAGUUACAGUCUAAUCGUUCUCUCAGGGAACUGAGAGAAGCUGCAAAGGCAAGUAAUUGUUCUUUUGCUUUUGCUGGUGAAAUUGUUAAAAUUUUGUGGAAAUGA